CUGCCCUGUCUGGCUAGGCUCAUGCAAGUGGCUUAGCCUUUGGGCGCGACACCUUGUCUCUGACUCUGGUCGCUUUGCCGCUUGCUUGCUUGCUAAGUUGCUUGUUUAAGCUGCGCGAAGCUUCAGGCCUCGUUGCGGUCCGGCUUCAGAGUCGCUUUUGUGCUCGUUUUUCUUGACGGGUUGCGUGCUUGGCUGCGAUCCUGUCCGUCACCCGUUUUCUGGCAUCAGUUCUUCGUCUUUCCUCCCCCCCAAAACUAUGGUCAUUUGGGCAAGGAAACGCAGACCAAAAUGGACGGAGACUGGGACGAGGUCGCUCGCAUCCCCUUUCCGCCUCCGGGCGUCCACGCCAUGGCGACGCCCGUGACGACCAUGACGUUUGACACGGCUCAGGACCUGCUAUGGACCGGGAACGACUACGGUCGCGUCACCUCCUUCUACGGCAGCGAGCUGCAGCGAUACACCUCCUUCAAAGCACAUACGACACCUGACGGCCCUGUGAGGCAGAUCCUCGUCAACGACAAAGGCGUUGUGGUGCUGGGGUCGAGGGAUAUACACAUGGCCUCCCGAAAAGGCCCACCAAUAUGGCAUAUUAGACACGAUGAUAUGAAAGACUUACGAUGCAUGAGCUUUACGUCCAAGGGGACCUCCGAAAUUCUAGUGGCCGGAUUCCAGGACACCAUGUUCGUCGUCGACCUUGCCAAGGGCGAGGUGGUCAAACAGGUUCCGACCGCGCGCUCAUAUAAACUCAUGAAACGAAGCAGAUACAUCUGCGCUGCCACCAAAGACGGCACCGUUGACCUGAUUGACCCCGUCAACUUCUCGGUUGUCAAGAGCUGGAGCGCUCACUCGGCCCUCAUCAGCGACAUGGACGCCCAGCAUGACUUCAUCGUCACCUGCGGUUAUUCGCUGCGCCAGGGCCAGAACUACAUGUUGGAUCCUUUCUUAAAUGUCUUCGACAUCAAAAAGAUGUCGUCAAUGUCGCCGAUUCCGUUUCCCGCUGGUGCCGCCUUUGUCAGGAUGCAUCCGAGAAUGUCAACAACGAGUAUCGUCAUGUCUCAGGGUGGGCAAAUGCAUGUUGUUGACCUGAUGAAUCCAAACACUAGCAAUGUACGACAAGCCAACACUAUGACAUACCUUACUAUGUUCGAGAUUGCGCCUUCCGGGGAGGCUGUUGCUUUGGCGGACGCAGAAUACAACAUCCACAUCUGGGGGUCUCCUUCGAAACUCCGCUUCGUGGACUUCGCGUCACAGACAGAGUUCGCAACCCCCGAAGAACCACUGCCUUCCAUAGAGUGGACUGCUGAUACACCUCUCAACUCCGUCGGCAUGCCGUACUACAGGGAGGUCUUACUAUCCGCCUGGCCAGAUCUCAUCUCUGACAUUGGAGCUCCCCCUACCAAGUUGGAACCCCAAUUCGUUGCGGGUCUCAAGCAGUCGGAGCUGGGCUUGUAUGGACGCAACACCCGGGGUCUUCGCAGAAACCAGGUCGAAGACACCCGGAAUCUGGACAAAGGGAACGCCUCGGGGAUUUUGGCGCCGAAGUUUCUCAGCGAAAAGGCGAGAGAGUUUGCCAAAACCCCGGUUGGCAAUGCGAGUGGCGAUGACAAGGUUGAUGACGUUGCCACUUCUCUUGCGCAACUGGACAUCGAUCCCACGAAAGCAGAAUGCCCUCCAAUGUACCGCAAUGUCGAGAUCAAAUACAGCAAGUUCGGCGUUGAUGACUUCGACUUUGGGUUCUACAACAGAACGCAUUACUCCGGACUCGAGAUCCAUAUUGCAAACUCCUAUGCAAACUCCCUGCUCCAGGUCAUGCACUUCACGCCGCUAAUUCGAAACAUGGCCCUCCAGCACGCAGCCACCGCAUGCGUCGCUGAUACCUGCUUGCUGUGCGAGUUGGGUUUCUUGUUUGACAUGCUCCAAAAAGCGGACGGGUCCAUUUGCCAAGCGACCAACAUGCUGAAGACUCUUAGCCACCAUCCCCAAGCUGGCCCACUUGGUCUUCUUGAGGAAGACCCCAAUGGGUCUACUUUGACGGUGAUGUUACAGGGUCUGACGCGGUUCCUCUUGGACAAGAUAGUCCAGGACUUUCGAUCCAUCCCGCCCGGCUCGAAUGUUAUGGAACAGAUGCUUGCGACGUCAGCGACAAGUUCAAUCCGAUGCAUGAACUGCAGAAGCGAAUAUACUCGGCCUGGGUCCACCUAUGUGAACGACUUGAUGUACCCGCAAACAACAGGGAAGAAUACGGGCCGCAACCAGAAAACACCAAAAGUGACGUUUUCGCAGAUCCUUAAAUCAAGUGUCGAGAGGGAGACAACAUCCAAAGGCUGGUGCAGUCGAUGCCAGCGUUAUCAGACCAUUGCAACUCGGAAGACCAUCCAUAAUAUUCCCGCAGUGUUCAUGCUGAAUACUGCCGUCGGAAACGCAGAGCAAAGGCGUUACUGGUCCACGCCGGGCUUCCUUCCCGAGGAGAUUGGCGUCAUAGUAGACCACGGCCAGUUCUUUUGUUACGAGGGAGAAGACCUGAAGCUCCACCUCCAACGUGGAAUCCACAACAUUACUGUGUAUUCGCUCAUCGGAAUGGCCAUGAACAUCGACCCCGGUCCGGGCCAGAAGCCCCAUUUGGUUGCCAUGGUCAAUGUCGCCCAUGCCCAGCCCACAGCACCGGAGGCAAGCCAGUGGCAUCUGUUCAACGACUUUCUCGUUCGGUCUGUGAGUGCUGAAGAGGCGCUUUCGUUUCACCCCAGUUGGAAAAUGCCGUCGGUCAUAGCAUUCCAAGUCAAGGAGGCGAACAACAAAAUCGACAUGGACUGGCAAAAGAACAUCGAUACCUCGCUGCUAUACGAGGACAAAAACCCCCAUAUUGAUGGCAAAACUUAUCGCGCGCUCGACUCGGCCAGUGAACAGCCCGGGCCUGACAGCAUUGUGGCCCUGGACACUGAGUUUGUUGCUGUUCGCCAGCCCGAAAUCGAGAUGAACUCGGAUGGCGAAAGAGAAACGAUCAGGCCGAUAGUGUACGCUCUUGCGAGAGCUUCCGUCGUCCGUGGCCAAGGGGAGGACGAAGGUCUUCCCUUUAUUGAUGAUUACAUCUCCAUCAGGGAGCCCAUUGUCGAUUACCUGACGUCGUACUCUGGUAUUACCCACGAGGAUCUCGAUCCCCGCGUAUCGAAGCACAACCUUGUACCCCUGAAGGUUGCGUACAAGAAACUCUGGAUCCUGUUGAACCUUGGCUGCAAAUUCCUCGGCCACGGCCUCAAACAGGACUUUCGAGUGAUCAAUAUACAUAUCCCACGGUCUCAGGUCAUCGACACCAUUGACCUGUUCUUCUUGAAGUCUCGUCUUCGGAAGCUCUCGCUGGCGUUUCUGGCGUGGUAUCUGUUGAAAGAGGACAUUCAGCUGGAGACUCACGACUCGAUCGAAGAUGCCAGAACGGCGCUGAAGUUGUACCGGAAGUAUUUGGAGUUCGAAGACGCGGGUGUAUUGGAGCCAAUGCUGCAAGACAUCUAUCGUGCUGGACGAGACGUCAACUUCCGACCACCUGCUAGAAGCGGACAGGCUGCGGACGUGCAGAGGACAGACACACCGCCUCCCCUGCCUACCGACGGAACAGCCGUAACUCCGUCUACACCGGGUGCUGUUAGUAUUGGACCAUCGUCGAGUGGCGGGUUCGGCGCAGGCUCGACUUGGACGCCCGGAAAGGGGUCGCCGCUUCGAUGAAACGGAAGACGCCACCGGUAGUCUAGCACUCGGUUUAGGGGGCUGCUUCUGUAGGUUUCGAGAACCACUAGGAUCAAUAAAAGACUUAUUGGACUUGCUGUGACGGGUCUGUCUCUCGCGAUGACCGUAUCGUUGCUGGAAGGGGCAUGUUCUUGUCGUCGCCAUCCCGCCCGAUGGCUUAUUCCUGUCGGUUCGUGGAUGGAACUAUGUGAUGCCUCUCCAAAAGAAUUGUUUGAUGACCUUUGCGUGUGCCAGGAGGUGAUCUGGGGCAGGCUCAACUUGGUUGCGGAGGCAAGCACUUCUCGGUGAGUGAAAACUCUGUCGUUACUGACCCAACUGAGGUACAAAUCACACCAGAACGAAGCCGGAAGUCUCGGGGUUUUCAGAAGCAUAUUUCAAUAUCAAGUCAAGACAUAGUGCUGUUGCCUGG